UGCUCCCAUUCUUUCCAGAGCGAUGACAACGGGUACAAAAUAUGCUACCAGGGAAAAUGUCAACGAACUAUUGACACCUUUGUUUGCAAACACCAGCUGAUUUAAGCUUGGAAUUAUAUUUUUGUUGCAUUUUGCAUAGCGACGAUAGAGACAGACAGACGCUUCUAUGAUGUCAUUAUGAUUUCAAUAGUCGAGUUAAGCAUCCUGACACUGAAUAUAUGGGGGAUUCCAUUCAUUUCAAAGGACCGGAGCCUCAGAGUGAAUGCAAUCAGCAAGCAGUUAGCUGAUGGUGACUAUGAUGUCGUUUCACUACAAGAAGUGUGGAGCAACGACGACUUUGAAUACAUCCGGAAAGUAACGCAGAAAAGUUUGCCGUUCUCUCAUUACUUUCACAGCGGUGUCGUUGGAUCAGGACUGUGUAUUUUAUCGAAAUAUCCCAUCACAAUGACACUAUUCCAUUCGUGGUCGGUCAACGGAUACGUUCAUCGUAUUCAACAUGGUGAUUGGUUCGGUGGCAAGGGAGUCGGCUUGUGCCAAAUUAUGGUGCAGAAACAACCGAUAAACAUUUACAUUGCUCAUCUUCAUGCCGAAUACGAUCGAGAUUGUGAUGACUAUAAGGCGCACAGAGUAAUUCAAUCGUUCGAUACUGCUCAAUUCAUAGAAAGUACUCGUGGCGAAUCGAUAUUACAGGUACUGGCCGGAGACUUAAAUACGGAACCAGGUGAUCUGGCACACAGGUUAUUACUGUCCACGGCAAAAUUGACUGAAACUUGCGACAAUAGUGUUCCAACUUGUGAUAAUCCGACAAAUUCGUACACACCACAAUCGACGAUAGAUUCUUUGCCGAACGGGAAGCGCAUCGAUUACAUUCUCUAUCGACCUGGUAGAGAUUGUCAGGCAAAUGUGCUCGACUACAAGCUCCCACUAUCGCACUCCAUACCCGAUCAUCCAAUCAGCUUUUCCGACCAUGAAGCCGUCUAUUCUCGCAUUCGAAUAACGCUUCCUCAGAGCCCAUUGCCAGACAGCUCGAAUAUUACCUUUAAGAACGAAGACAACGGUCUAGUUACCGCCCUGAACGAAGCAAUCGACAUUUGCCGGGACAAUUUGGAGAAGCUUCGUUCGCAUAAGACGAUCUAUUUCACCAUGGCACUAGCUGUCAUGAUGACACUCUUUUAUCUCAUUGACAUGGUUCCGCCGUAUGGACUGCAGACAAUGUUUACGGUGCUGCGGGUGAUCGUGUCUGGACUGGCGUUAUUUUUCUUAUUUAUGGCCACAUUGUGGAAUUCGAUGGAAGCGAAUGGCAUUUUGGCGGGGAAGUUGGCUAUGGAGAUAUCGUUGCGGAAUGCCGAGAGUGAAAAGGCAAUUGAUAGAAGUUUAUAGGAAAUGUAAAGUAAAAUCACCGCAAGGAAAUAAAUGACUUCUUGAACAUG